AGAGAGAGAGAGAGAGAGAGAGAGAGAGAGAGAGAGAGAGAGAGGGGGGCUUGGAGGCUGAGGAGGACCGUGGACCUGAGCGCAGAAGAAGAAGAAGAAGAAGAAGAAGAAGAGGAGUCAUCAGCCGACACAUCAUCAUCAUCAUCAUCACCAUCACUGAUCACCGCUCAGGAUUUCAGGCAUUCUUCCCCCUCACCUCCUCUGGCCUGACUGACCUACCAGCCCAUCACCAUGAACUACCUCCGUCGGCGCCUAUCAGACAGCAGCUUUGUGGCCAACCUCCCCAAUGGCUACAUGAUGGAUCUGCAGAGGCCGACCCCUCCAGGUUCAUCCACAUCCUCUCCUGCUUCCCCGGCCACAGAGAGGCGGCAGCCCCCGAGCAUCCCGAGUCAGACCCAAGGCUCAGGCUCAGCCACGGGCCCAGCCUCGGGCUUGACUUCAGGCUCGACUUCAGGCGCAGGGAGCUUCCUCAGCUCCUUCUCCAGUGUGGUGAAAAGUGCUCAGAUGGCCCAGAACGUCGCUGCUGCUGCACACGCCAAAUCAGCAGCAGCAGCUGCUGAAGGAGCUUCAGCAGGAAGCAGUCAGCCACCUAAACCUGUGAUACGCAAGCCCAAGAUCCUGCUGGUCAUCGAUGAUCAGCACACAGACUGGGCGAAGUAUUUUCGGGGGAAGAAGCUGAAUGGAGAGUAUGAGAUCCGAGUGGAGCAGGCGGAGUUCUCAGAGAUCAACCUAGCAUCCUACGUUAACUCAGGAUGUAUGGUGGACAUGCAAGUCAACAAAGGUGGCACCAAGGUGGUCAGGUCCUUCAAGCCAGACUUCGUCCUGAUUCGCCAGCACGCCUACAGCAUGAUCCCCGGUGAGGACUUCCGAAACCUUGUCAUCGGCCUUCAUUUCGGCGGCGUCCCCAGCAUCAACUCUCUCUUCUCCAUCUACAACUUCUGCAGCAAACCUUGGGUGUUUUCUCAGAUGAUUAAGCUCUACCACUCCCUUGGUCCUGAGAAAUUCCCCCUGAACGAACAAACCUUCUACCCAAACCACACACAGAUGAUUACAACCCCUUCCUACCCUGUGGUUGUCAAGAUGGGGCACGCCCACGCUGGCAUGGGAAAGAUCAAAGUUGAAAACCAACAGGACUUCCAGGACAUCACUAGCGUGGUAGCUCUGGCCGGGACCUACGCCACCACCGAGCCCUACGUCCAGUCCAAGUAUGAUAUCCGCAUCCAGAAGAUCGGCAACAACUACAAGGCUUACAUGAGAACAUCCAUCUCUGGGAACUGGAAGGCUAACACAGGCUCUGCCAUGUUGGAGCAGAUCGCAAUGACUGACAGAUAUCGGCUGUGGGUGGACUCCUGCGCUGAGAUGUUUGGUGGCCUAGACAUCUGUGCAGUCAAGGCUGUCCACGGAAAAGACGGCAACGACUAUAUCAUCGAGGUGAUGGACAGCUCCAUGCCUUUGAUUGGUGAGCACGUGGAGGAAGACAAACAGCUGAUCACAGAGCUGGUCAUCAACAAGAUGGCCCAGGUGCUGCUGGGAGUUUCCACACCUCAGCCCUCCUCUGUCAAGACCACACAGCCCAGACGAGGGGGACACCGCUCUGCUUCUGCCUCUCCCUCCCAGUCAGCCCAGGGUUCGCCUCAGCGAGCCCGGUCAGCCACCACCUCUCCCAGCCAGGCCUUCCAGCCCGGCCCCAUCCCUGCCGCUUCUGGGCCUGGAGCUCAGAAACAGUCACCACAGCUGAACAAAUCUCAGUCGCUGACCAACAGCUUCACGGAGACAUUACGAGGAAACGUGACUGACGACGAGGCCAAAGCCGAGACCAUCCGCAGCCUCCGACAGUCCUUCGCCAGCCUCUUCUCCGACUAAAAUCCUCCUGAGAAGUUUCCUCUUCCUGUCUGUCGCCAGGUUCCAAAAAAAGAAAGAAAAAAAGAAAACCCUGACUGGUUAAUCUGUUAUGGAGUCUCCUUCCUCCUUAGAGCCUCGGCUUCCUGUUCUUCUCUUUCCUUCUCACUGUUUGUGAAGUUUAACACCUGGUACAACCUGCUGUCCUCUACGAUGAAUUUACCACUAGAAAGGCCAAUAAGUGUGUUGAUUAUGAGGUUCUUAGAUGAAGGACUGCAAGGUGUCAGCUGAAGAUUUCAGAUUUUGAAACCUCUGAAUCCAAAAUCCAAAUUCCAAAUUUCAUUUUUAUUCAGCUUAAUGAUUCUGUUUGUUUCCAGGCAGAAAAAGGUUCAUAUAAUCAAUAGUGCAGCCCUUAUUUUAUACCCAUAAUCCUUUGUGUUUUAAUAUGUCAGAGGACUUAGACAUUUUCAGGCAUCUUGAUGCUGUAAUUCGGUGUGUUUAAAGUUUAAACAAAGCUGAACAUGCAUCAAUAAACCGUCCCUCUAGAACUGAGAUCAGCUGACAGCAGACUGGCCUUUCUAGUGGUAAAUGGUUACAGCUCAUACUGCUUGGUAUAUAGUCGUUAUUCUGCAUUCUGUUUGUUCAAGUAGUGAAACUGUCUGAGUUAUUUAUAUAUAUAUAUUUAUUUAUUCAAAAGAAUUUCCUUUAAUUGACUCACAGCUUCCAAACUGUUUGCAGAUGUCUACGGCAAUAUUCUUAAUCGAAACUGUUCCAGUAAACUCACGAGAAAUGUACUGAAUCCUCACGGUUCACCAGCGAUUUCGAGCAUCUUUGCCAGCAGCCGCAUUUCUCCUCACAUCCACUUGCUGUAGACACAUAUUGGCUUACGUAGUGACUCCUCUACCUAAGAUUACCAAAGUGCUUUUUAAUAACAAAACAGAAAAAGCGCCCCCCACCCGCCCCCUCCUGCACUGGGUCAAGAUAACAAUCACGCAGUGAACCAACUUUUGAGCUUGUGAUUUCGCAAGGUGCAAAUGCUGUACUGGCUUACAGCCAUCGUCUUCCAUCACAGCCCAGAUCUUCCCCUGAGAUUCUUCUUUUUCCUAAUGUUUCGUGCUUUGUGAAUAACACUACGAUGUGUUUUCUGUGGGGGAUUUGGAUCAUAACUGCUUCUGCUUUGUGUUUAAAAGGCGAACAGUGAGGAUGUAAUACUUUGAGACUUUCAAUGUGCUUACAUUUCCGCUGAGACAGAAAAAGUUCGGUUGUGGAACAUCACAUCUUCUAUCUUUACUCACCAUUAUUCUCUACAAUCGAUGUCAGCUGGGAUCGUAGAUCAUUUAUCAUCCUUUUUGUUUUUGGUCAAAUGGUGUAUAUGCAACUUGCACUGCAGUGGUAGCAAAGCAGACAUCCUCUUCCAGUGUUCAUAUUGCUUUGGAGCUGCAUGUAAAUGUUUAGUGAAUGUCGUGUAGUCUAAUUGGUAUUUUCUAACAGAAAACCAACACAAGCUGAAGUCUUCUAUAAAGACAGCGAAAACAGUGGCAACACUUUCUUUUAUGGGUGCAGUGAUUUCUUAAUACUUUUCUCAACGUGAUUUGGUGCAAAUUAUGGUAAAUAUAUAGACUGUUGUGACAAAGUAGUUACUGCUUUGGUAUCCAGAACCAGAAAAUGUUUGUUUAUUAUUCAAUUCUAUUCAAUUCAACUUUAUCUCUAAUUUGAUUUAUAGUAUAUCCUAUCCUAACAAGUUAUCUCAUGACACUUUACAAAUAGAGCAGGUCUAGACUGUACUCUUUAUAUUGUUUACAGAGAGCCAACAAGUCCCACCAUGAGCAAACACUUGGCAACAAUGGCAAGGAAAAACUUCCUUUAUAAGUGGGCGUUGACUCACAGUGGCAUUUUGUUUAACUGCUCUAAUGGGAUGUGUCAUUCAGUUCAGUGAUUAAAAACAAUAAGUCCUGUUGCAGUUUGUCUUACAAUUUGCACCAAAUUACUUUUACAGUAACGUUCUUCUAUUUCGAGGAAAUAAUUAGGAAGCUACAAAGACCCAUAAAAUAUAUUGUGAGCAAAGUCAUUUCUUUCUAAAAUAAUUCCAUGGUGCAUCCAAGAUGCAGCAGUUCAUUGCCUCAAGCUUACAGAAGGAGACUGCCUGUAUAUUUGGCUUUCCAUGCAGAGAACAAUCACAAUCUAAUGAUCUGUAAACUGUUCAUUUUGCAGAUGAUUCUCAAACCGUCUUGUAGUUGGCUCUCUAAUUAUCUGCACUACAAACUGAAUAAGCCUAGAUAUGUCUUUUUUUUCCUCUCAUUUCAUUUAUGGGGACCUGGACAAAAACUUAUAAUCCAUAUUCCAUCUGAAUUAUUGUCCAAAUACCCCAAACAGAAAUAUUAAUGUUACUGCAGUGUGUUUUUACCAGUAGAAUAUCUGUGAGCAGUAUGCUGUAGUUUAAAUGGACCUGUUAUGACUCCAAAGUUUUUAUCAGUUUUUUUCAUGAUAAUAAUAACAACAAUAAUUAUAAUUCUCCAUAUUUUAAGGU